AUGGAAACAGUUUCAAACAAAUUUCAGAUACAAUUAUACAAAAGAAACAAGAAGGGAAAACCUUGUCAAUGUAGUAAAUGUGGGAAAACCUUCAGAGACCACACUAUACUUGUUCAACAUCAAAAAACUCAUACUGGAGAGUGGUCCUAUAAAUGAGAAUGUGGAAAAGGAUUUAACAAGAGUUCCCACCUGGCAAACCAUCAGAAGACUCAUACUGGAGAAAAAAACUACAAAUGUAAUGAUUGUGGGAAGGCCUUCCAUUAUUAUUCAGUCCUUAACCAACAUCAGAGAAUUCAUAGUGGAGAGAAACCUUAUGAGUGCACUGAAUGUGGCAAGACAUUUGGUCGUACUACAUAUCUUACUCAGCAUCAAAGAAUUCACAGUGGUGAGAAACCCUAUAAAUGCCUUGAAUGUGGAAAGGCAUUUAGCCAGAACACACAUCUUACUCUACAUCAGAGAAUUCAUACUGGAGAAAGACCUUGUGAAUGCGAUAAAUGUGGUAAAGCCUUCAAUCAGACCCUUGUACAACAUCAAAGAACUCACACUGCAGAGAAGCCCUAUGAGUCUAAUGAAUGUGGGAAAGCCUUUGGUAACUACUCAGCUCUUAUUCAACAUUAAAGAAUUCAUACUGGAGAAAAGCCCUAUAAAUGCAAAGAAUGUGAGAAAACAUUCAGCCAGAGUUCAUUCCUUACACAACAUAUGAGACUUCAUACUGGAGAAAAGCCCUACAAAAGUAAUGAAUGUGGGAAAGCUUUUAGUGAUUACUCAGGGCAUAUUAAGUAUAAGAGAACUCACACUGGAGAGAAGCCCUAUGAAUGUAAUGACUGUGGGAAAACUUUCAGUUUCUGUUCAGCCCUUGUUCAACAUAAGAUAAUUUAUACUGGAGAGAAGCCCUAUAACUGUAAUGACUGUGGAACAGCCUUUUGUGAUCACUCAGUACUUAUUCAUCAUCAGAGAACUCACACUGGAGAGAGACCCUAUAAAUGUGGAAAAGCAUUCAAUGAAUGUGGAAAAGCUUUUAGUUACUGCUCAGGCCUUAUUCAACAUCAGAUCAUUUAUACUGGUGAGAAACCUUAUGAAUGCAGUAAAUGUGGCAAAGCCUUCAGCUGGAGGACAGAUCUUAGUAAACAUCAUAAAACUCAUACUGAAGAGAAACCCUAUAAAUGGUCAAUGGAAUAUGAAAUAUUAAAUACAAAUAAAUAUGAAGAUUUAUUUCAGAUAUCUAUUAAAUUGGUAAUGGCAGGAAAAAGCACUUGA